AAUGAAUCCUGCAAGUGUUUAAGAGUGAGGUCCGAAUUAAUCAAUCCUGCAAAAUUUGCAAGAGUUGAAAUCCUUCCUGCUGGAAUCAUCUGCCAAAGGAUGGAAAUAAUAGUCACUCUGAAGAAAGGAAAUAGAAAAGUGUGUGUCAAUCCCGAAUCUAAAUGGGUACAGGUUUUAGUGAAGCUGAUGAAAAACACGUAA